CGCGUUGUGACGCGACCCCACGUCCGCCGGAAGUGUCUGAAGGAGAGCCUGGAAGCCGGCUCACCCUCGCGCCGGUGGGAUCUUGAGCUGGGCGAUUUGAGCGGGAGGUGCUACUCUUCUACCAGCAUCAUGGUGUUCUACUUCACCAGCAGCAGUGUUAACUCAUCUACAUACACUAUAUACAUGGGAAAGGAUAAAUAUGAAAAUGAAGAUCUGAUAAAGUAUGGCUGGCCUGAAGAUAUUUGGUUUCACGUGGACAAACUCUCUUCAGCUCAUGUAUACCUUCGAUUACAAAAGGGAGAGAAGAUAGAAGACAUUCCAAAGGAGGUUCUGAUGGACUGUGCCCACCUUGUGAAGGCCAAUAGCAUUCAAGGAUGCAAGAUGAACAACAUUAAUGUGGUGUAUACGCCAUGGUCUAACCUGAAGAAGACAGCUGACAUGGAUGUGGGGCAGAUAGGCUUUCACAGGCAGAAGGAUGUAAAAAUUGUGACCGUGGAGAAGAAAGUGAAUGAAAUCUUGAACCGAUUAGAAAAGACCAAAUUGGAGAAGUUUCCUGACCUAGCAGCAGAGAAAGAAAGCCGAGACCGAGAAGAGAGGAAUGAGAAAAAAGCCCAGAUUCAGGAAAUGAAAAGGAGAGAGAAAGAAGAAAUGAAGAAGAAACGGGAAAUGGAUGAACUUAGGAGCUACUCGUCACUAAUGAAAGUUGAGAACAUGUCCUCAAAUCAAGAUGGUAACGAUUCUGAUGAGUUCAUGUGAGCUGAGCAAAGGACCCUGGGAAGACGUGAAUGUACAGGCUAUCACAGAUCUUUUGAUUUCACCUAUGUUCUGAAUUACAGAAACCAACCAACCAAAAUUCUACCUUCAUUCUACAUAGACAUCAUUCAUUUUGGAGCUUUUUUUAAGUCAUUCUUUUUACCCAUGAAAAGAACAGAUGUGUAAUAUAGUUGAACUUGAAGACAACUUAUAACUUUAGGAAAAGAAUAAUAUUUUUGGCAGAACAUAUUUCAGUA